AUGAAUUUUCCAGAAGAUAUAAUUGUAGAGAUUUUAUCGAGAUUACCGGUAAAAUCAUUGCUUAGGUUUAAAUGUGUGCGCAAAUCAUGGUAUUAUCUUCUUAAGAACCCUAUUUUCAAUUUAAAGCACCAAAAAUCCUAUUUACUUGUGAGCAGACGAGAUUACAUAUCAAAUGGAAGGGUUAUCUCAUUAUUUGGAAAUGAGAACACAAUUAUUGAAACAUUUGAUGACCAAAAUCUGUCGACAUUCUUGAAUGGGAUGUUUGGUCACAUAAGACUAAUAGGGCCAUGUAAUGGCAUUGUUUGUUUAUAUGGUUUUUAUGAUGAUAUUGCUUUGUGGAAUCCUGCAAUUCAAGAUUUUAAGGUACUAUCUCGAUCCCAAAUACCUCGUCGUCUAGAUGUUGUAAUACGAGGUGGUGACAUUGGAGUAGGUUUUGAUCCGAUUACUUGUGAUUUCAAGGUAAUACAAAUCUUAUUUUGCAUGUCUAAUGAUCACAACCUCAUUUAUCAAGUCAAGAUAUACUCGUUAAGAACGGGUUUAUGGAAAAAAUAUGAAGAUAUUGUACCCGCAAACAUUAUGUACUAUAAUGUUUGGAGUAUGGUAUACAAAAAUGAAACAUUUUGUUGGUGGGCCCAAGAUGGCAAUGUUGAGGUUAUUCUCUCAUUUGACAUGGGUAAAGAGAGUUUCCAAAUGACACCAUUACCAUGUGAUAUUGAGGUUUUGGGGGGAGAACAUAGGACUACAAGGGCUAUUUCUCUAUACAAAGAAUCUAUUGCAUUGAUUGUUUAUCGUCUAAAAGAAGUUGAUAAAAUUUUUGACAUAUGGGUUACAAAGGAAUUAGGGGAAAAUGGUGAUUCUUGGACUAAAUUGUCAAGUAUUGGUCGUCUUUCUCAAGUGGAGAGACCAUCAGGUUUUUGGAAUGGUGAAUUCAUGCUUGAAAGUUGUAGCGGGGAACUCGUUCUUUAUGAUCCUAGUAAAGAAAUGAAGAAUCUUGGAAUUCAUGGAAAGAGGGAGAGGGUCGAAGUCCUUGUUUAUCUAGAGAGUUUGUUUUCAGUCAAUGCUCUCAGCCUUCGGAUGUGA